GCAACUUCCUUUUUUGUUUUUAGAUUCGAUGUGGAAUCAAAACAUGGCGCGUUUUACACCGGAGGCAACCUCCAAUGGAUUGAGGAUACACUCUAUUGCCAAACAGAAUCUUGUAUAAAUCUUGUAAACUAUGAGACAGGCACAGUAACACAAACUAUAGGGGAAAACUCUGAAAAUGAAGAAAUCGAUUCCAUACAAACUUUUACCACCGAUGGUAACCAGUUUGUCUCAUCCCACCGGAGUGGACUUUUAAAACUGUGGAACUCUAAUGGGGAGCUGGAAAAAAUGUGGAAAUACAUCCACAAGGGCCCAGUGGCUAAACUAAAGUUAAAUGGACUAAAAUUAGCUUCGGGGGGCUCUGAUAGUUCAGUGAGAAUAUGGGAUUUGCAGUUUCAAGCUUGUAUUUUAAAUUUAAAAGGUUGCCAAGGUGUGGUUAAUGUGGUAGAAUUCCAUCCUCAAGAAAAUGGUAUUUUUGCCUCAGCCGAUGAUGGAAAAAUCAAUUAUUACGAAUUAAAAAAAGGUGAACUAAAAACCAUCUAUGAUGCCCAUUUCAGUAAAGUAACUGCUAUUUCCUUCUCACAUGACAAUGAACACUUUAUUUCUUGUGGAAGGGACAAAGUGUUGGUUUUGUGGAAAUUAGGCAAUGCCGCGGCACUAAAAACUAUAGCGGUUUAUGAAGCUGUUGAAGUUAUUGUGAGUUUACCUGUCAAAUUUAAAUUACCCAAUUUUAAGUCGGAAAUUGACGGAAUUUAUGUUGCAUCUGCAGGAGAACAUGGUAAGCAACAAUAUUG